CCUGAGAGCGGUGACUCGCGGGCAGAGCAGGAAGGAAACCGCUCCCGAGCGCGGCGGCGUCGUCUCCAGGCCGUGCGGCUGCCGCUACAGCCAGCCAUCCGUCCGCUUGUCGGCUUGCCAGUCCACCCGCAGCAUGAGCGGCCUGCGCGUCUACAGCACGUCGGUCACCGGCUCCCGCGAAAUCAAGUCCCAGCAGAGCGAGGUGACCCGCAUCCUGGAUGGGAAGCGCAUCCAGUACCAGCUAGUGGACAUCUCCCAGGACAACGCCCUGCGGGAUGAGAUGCGAGCCUUGGCGGGCAACCCCAAGGCCACCCCACCCCAGAUUGUCAACGGGGACCAGUACUGUGGGGACUAUGAGCUUUUCGUGGAGGCUGUGGAACAAAACACACUGCAGGAGUUCCUGAAACUGGCCUGAGCCCACUGGACUCCAUCACCACGUCCCCCCGCAGCCACCGCCGGCCAUGAAGGACCUUGUGACCAACUCCCUGUCAUUCCUAGCCUUCCGACCUUAGAAUCUCUCCCCGCAACCCAAGCCCCCCUCCUCCCCCUCUCUAAUUUAGCCCCCUCUUCUCCAUUCAAAGGCAACAUUCCUUACCCACUAGUCUCAGAAAUUGUCUUAAGCAACAGCCCAAGUGCUGGCUGUUGUCAGCCAGGCCCUGAGGCUGCCACCCUGCCUGGCACUGGCUGAUGGGCACCUUUGUGGGUUCCAUUAGCCAGGGCUCUGCCAAAGGCCCCGCAUUCCUUGUCCCCUAGAGACAAUUAAAUGUCCCAUUCCACUGA